UUUUUAUUAAUAUGUAUUCUGUACAAAUGCUCAAUAGUAGGUAGAACUGAAAAGGAAAAAAAUUAGAGUAAUUAGAAUAAAAAAAGAAAAAAUGAAAUAUUAAAUUAAAAAAACAAAAAAAUAUGUAUUCUGAAAUUAUGCAAUGCAAACUAUUUUUGGAAAAGCAAUAUGGAAUUUGGGAGUUGAAGCAGUAUAUGUGAGUCAACAGCCAAGGCACUAUAUAUUACUGUUUUUCCCAUGUAUUCCACUAAGAGGAACCCCAAAUCAGCCAUGUCCUCAUUUAAUGAUAAAGAAAAUACUGAGGGGAAUACCUGGAUUCUGUUUCUAACUCCAUGGCCUUGAGAAGUCACUCAGCCUCAUUGAGUCAGUAAUGAAAGGCUGGUAGGUAGAUUAGGUCAUCUCUAAGAUUUCGUCCAACUCUGCAAUUGUAAAAUUUAGAGCAUGGGGGUGGUGGAGGGUGAUUGGUAAAUCUGAAAACAAAGUCUGCAGCUGCAGCUGCAGCCAAACAAACAAAGUUAGCCACCUGCAGCUGAAUAAAACAAACCCCAGAGAUAAAAGGAGUAAGAUUCCACUCAGGUUUCAGUGGAGAAAUUAUAAUUGCAUCACACACAUACACUCCUCACACUCCUUAUAGGCAAAGAGGACUUUGCUUCUGCCACGUGACUGGGCUUGUGUUGGCCUUCUCCAAAUUCAGAGUCCAGCUUUACAGGUUGGCCAGGAGUCCGUUGGAGAGGUUUGGAUUAGGGAAACAGGAAGCUUCACCCUCCCUUUAUUUUCCUCUAAGUCUGCUUGUCAGGUAGCCAGAAGAAACUCCGAAGAGUACAAAAGGCUGAGGGCAUGCGUACCCUGGCUGCGGAGCUGCUAGACUGUGGUUACCCCACCUAACUGCGGUAACCCAGUCUCCUGCAUGUGUGCAGAGGUCUGCCUCAACUGGGUCCCGAAAGAAAAAUGAGGAGCAGUGAUUACCACCACAGAAAUGUCCCUUCAUGGUGUCUCCUCAGGCCUAGCAUGCAGGCCACACAGGAGCCAGUGCCCACAGGGGCAAGGUACCAGGCCACAAAGACGACAGCCACCUCAGCUCUAGCACCUCUGGGCACCCAUGUACCUGCAAGAACACUUACUCAGAUCAGCUCAGAGACUGCACCUGCUGACCUAAAGAUUCUGGCCUGAGACUCCAAGAGUGAAAGGCAGACAAGCAGGGCAGCCAGUGGCGCCAUGUCUGUGAGCAGCGGGAAGACAGCACUAUCCCUGAUCCAGGAGAUCCUCAGCCACCUGGGCCUUGCCAACAAGACUGCAGCAUGGGGGACCCUGGGGACCCUCAGGACUUUCUUGAGCUUCACUGUGGAAAAGGAUGUACAGAGGCUGCUGAGGGCCAUUACAGGUCAAGGCGUGGACCAUAAUGCCAUUGUGGCCGUGCUGACCAAUCGGAGCAGAGAGCAGAGGCAGCUCAUCUCUCGAGCCUUCCAGGAGCGUACCCAACAGGACCUGCUAAAGUCUCUGCAGGCAGCACUUUCCGGCAACCUGGAGAAGAUUGUCGUGGGUCUGCUGCAGCCCAUGGCCCGGUUUGAUGCCCAAGAAUUGAGAAGAGCCUUGAAGGCCUCAGGUUCUGCUGAAGAUGUGGCCAUGGAAAUUCUCGCCACCCGAGCCCCACCUCAGCUACAGGAGUGCAUGACUGUAUAUAAACAUGAUUUCCAGGUGGAGGCUGAAGAGGACAUCAGGUCUGAGACCAGUGGCAUCUUGCAGGACCUGCUGCUCGCCCUAGCCAAGGGGGGCCGUGAGAGCUACUCUGGAAUCAUUGACUAUAAUCUGGCAGAACAGGAUGUCCAGGCACUACAACAGGCUGAAGGACCCAGCACAGAGGGGACAUGGGUCCUAAUCUUCACCCAGCGAAAUCCUGAACACCUCAUCCGAGUGUUUGAUCAGUACCAGCGGUACACUGGGCAAGAGUUGGAAGAGGCUGUCCGGAACCGUUUCCACGGAGAUAUCCAGGUGGCCCUGCUCAGCCUAGCUUCGGUGAUCAGGAACACACCGCUGUACUUUGCUGACAAACUUCACCAAGCCCUCCAGGAAACUGAGCCCAAUUACCAAGUCCUGAUGCGAAUCCUCAUCUCUCGAUGUGAGACUGACCUUCUAAGUAUCAGAACUGAGUUCAAGAAGAAAUUUGGGAAGUCCCUCUACUCUUCUCUCCAGGAUGCAGUGAAAGGGGACUGCCAGUCAGCCCUACUGGCCCUGUGCAGGGCUGAAGACAUUUGAGACAUCCCUGCUCCCACCCCCACAGGACAUUAGGAUCUGAGAGUCCGGUCUUUGGCUGAGCCUGCAGGAGACCAGCAGAGCCUCCACAUAGGAUAACCCCUCACUGAGUACCACAUGCUUCAGCUUCUUGUUGAGGCUGAAACUCUGUUUCUUUUAGCUCCCUUAAUUUCCCUCAUCUCAAAAUGAUGUCUGUACGUGGGUCUUCUACCUCUGUCUUUGGGGUGGGAUGAUGAGAUCUCUUUGGUAGUUUCUGCCUCACUCAUUCGUCCUGUACCCUGUUGAGAACAUCUCACUGGUAUCUGAAUUCUUUUGGCAAA